AUAUUAUAGGACCAAUCUUUAAGUCUUUCAUUUCUCUUCUUUUUCGUCUAUUUACCACUCUCUAAGUAUGUUUCUCUCAGUACGUACAGCAUUGGAGAAUGAUAUUUGGAGGGAGUUGUUUAAGCAAUGUAUUUCUCUUUAGAUCCUUUGACUAUAAAACGAUCAGCAAUGUUUAAUUAAAAAUCAGUUCAGUUCAAUUCAUUGAUCAAACAACAUUACUAAAAAUGGCAUUCAAAUUCUUCUCAUUCUUUGCCCUCGUUGCCGUCGCAAGCUGCGGAGUUGUCUAUGACCAACCAGCUUAUACUUACUCACAUGCAGCUCCAGUUGUUCACCAACCAGCUUAUACAACAUACUCACAUGCUGCCCCAGCUGUCCAUCAUGUUUCUCCAGUUGUUAAAACCGUUGCUACUGCAGUCGUAGCUCAACCAGCUUAUAUCAAGCAAGCAUAUGUUGCCCCACAAGUCAUCACAAAGGUCGCUCAACCAGUCGUUCACAAAGUUGCUGAAGACUACGACCACAAUCCACAAUACUCAUUUGCUUAUGAUGUCCAAGACAGUUUGACCGGAGAUAGCAAGUCACAACACGAAUCAAGAAACGGAGAUGUUGUUGAAGGACACUACUCACUCGUUGAUGCUGAUGGUUUCAAGCGUACAGUUCACUAUAAAGCUGAUCCAAUCAAUGGAUUCAAUGCUCAAGUCGAAAGAGAACCACUUACCCACAAAACAGUUGUUGCACAACCAACAAUCGUCAAGACUGUUCAACCAGCACUCGUCAAGACUGUCCAUGCUGCUCCAGUUGUUGCUCACGCUCCAGCUUACUAUCAUCACUAAGUAUUAUCCUAAUUAUUUGAGACACCAUGAAUUCAUUUAAGUGCUGAAAAUGUGAUAUUAAAAAUCAAUUGAUUUGAUUUUUGACUCAGUGAUAGUGUUCAUGAAAAGUCACAAAGGGUAGUU